AGGCUUUUUGACUGUUCUCGAUCAACUAAAUGUCCUCUUCAACUGUUCGGCAACGUGAAGAUGAUGAAGAAUUCGCUCGUUCUCCCAAACGCACCAAAGUCGACGAGCUGAGCGAUGAUGGGCCUAUCGUUGCAGACACCUCCCCGCUCCUCAGUUCUGCUCAUGCUGCAGCAGACUUAAAACAGGACUCCUCAACAGUUCCAGCUGAAAGCGUCCUUCCUCCUAGCCAUGCCCUCCUGGGCAUAGCUCCUACGUUCUCUUCGAACGGACUUCGUCAGGUCCUUCAAACCGACGUCGGAAUCUCCGAGUAUAUUAGCCGGGACGUUCCUCCAAUCAGUGGUAUCAUAAAACAGCGGUUCACGGACUUCCUGGUCUUUGAAGUGAAUCAAGACCACCAAGUUAUUCAUCUAAAGUCGUUGGACGCGCCAGAGUCAUCUUCGAAGAAGGCGAAAGGUACUAACGAGGGGAGCUCCAGCACCACCGUUGCUGAGGGUUCAAUGGCCCGACCUCAGGAGCCCGUCACAAACGCCGAGCUUAGCAUUACAGAGGAAGGUCAGAAUGAACCGUCUGCUGGCACUGAAGCAAAGGACAAAGAUGAUUCCGCUCCAGCGGACAUCCCCUGGAACGACCAAUUUACGGAAAAAUUGACUCCGUAUCUCAGCGAGGCUUCUAUCGACCAAUUGAAAAAGAUGUUCCUUGAGGGCCGCGAGCCUCCGAGAGCGACCGACAGUGGUUGGGGAGGUCGACAAACCAAAACCACUGAGGAUGGUGCUGAAACCCCAGAUGCGUCGAAACCAUCAGAAGAAAUGGAUGUUUCGCAGAGUGAAGAGACCGGGAAAAGAGGAAAGAACCAAGGCGGUCGCGGUGGUCGUGGUGGGCGCGGUGGUCGCGGACGAGGUCGUGGUGGCCGGCAGGGAGGAGAAAGAGAAGAUCACAGAAAAGUCCUCAGCGAGCCAAUUUCCUCCAAAACUGAUCGGACGGCUUUGCAUCAAGCUAUUCGAGAGUUAUUUGGUGGGAAACUUGACAGCGAAACUGAUAUGUCGACUCCUGCUGGGGGCGAUGGAUCUCGCAUAGCUAUAAAGUGGUCAAGACACGGUGGUGGUCGGGGCGGCGGUCGGGGUGGUCGUGGAGAUCGAGGCGACCGCUCGGACAGGGGGAAUCAUCCUCCUUACAUUCACUUCACUCUCCAGAAAACCAACCGUGAUACCCAAGAUGCUCUUGGCUACUUAUCACGUACUCUCCAUGUAAACAUAAAAGACUUGUCUGUCGCUGGGACAAAAGACAAACGCGGUGUCACUGUCCAGCGCGUGUCGUUGCGACGAGGAAACAAAACUGUGGAGGAUGUAUGGAAAUCUGCGAAUCAAUCCAACAGGCGGUCUGUGCAAGAAAUACUAUCCCAACGUGGCGAACGUGGGGUCAGAAUAGCGGAUUUCAAUUAUCGCAAGGCCGGUUUAGAGCUUGGCAUGCUGAAAGGAAAUGCAUUCGUUAUCACACUUCGUAACGUUCAGGUAGAAAAUGUAGAGACUCUUGACCGUGCUAUGAACUCCAUCAAGCACAAAGGGUUCAUCAAUUACUACGGAAUGCAGCGUUUUGGGACGGCUGCAGUACCAACUCACUCUAUUGGAUUGGCAAUUCUGAAAUCUGACUGGCAUAAAGCUGUCUCGCUCAUCCUCCAGAAUAGGCCUGGGGAACACCCCGAAGUUGUCGCAGCCCGCGAUGCGUGGUUAGUGGAUGGUGAUUUGGAUCGAGCCCUGGCUCUAAUGCCCAGACGAGUUGUUGCGGAGCGCUGUAUCCUUGAGAGCUACAAGAAGCAAGGUGGAGAAACCAGGAACGCAAUGGGUGCCUUGUCCACGAUUCCUCGUAAUUUGCGACUCAUGUAUGUCCAUGCAUACCAAUCCUACGUGUGGAAUGCCAUAGUGUCGGAACGAAUUCGUAUGCAUGGUCCCGACAAAGCGGUGCCUGGUGAUCUCGUCUUCGAGAGCGAGCCGGCCGCCAAGGGAAGGAGUGGAGAGGACGAUGAGAUGGAAGUGGACGAUGAUGCGGGUAAUGUGGAACAAACUAACACAGAGGGAAAAGGCAUGAGCUCUCGUGAGCGCAAGAAAGCUGCAAAAGCUGCUUAUGUUGCACCAAGCAUCAAAAUACUCACUGAGGAGGAUGCUCACCAGUACUCGAUAUUCGAUGUAAUUAUGCCACUCCCGGGUAGAGACGUUGAUUACCCAGGCGGUACGCUCGGGGAGCGCUAUCGGGAAUUCCUGCGCUUGGACGGUCUCGACCCCGAUAACUUCAUCCGCAAGCAAAAGGAGUACACUCUCAAUGGCUCCUACCGAGCAAUCAUCCAGCUUCCAAAAGAUCUUUCGUGGUCUACACUCAGGUACACUGACCCGGACGUCCCGCUUGCACAGGCAGACGAGGACAAGCUUCUUGGAUUUGACCCACCAGUUAUCGUUGAUGAUGGGAAAUUUUGCGCGCUCCAGAUUAACUUGACACUUGGGACGGCCGCGUAUGCCACGAUGGCAUUACGAGAAGUCACCAAGACUGAGACGAGUUCGCAUUUCCAGACUGGUCUUACUCAAGCCUCUGAAGACCAGCAGUUCCGAGGUGUAGUAGCAGCAAAUCAAGUUGGGGAAUUGGAUGACGAUGAUGCCGAGAUAGAAGCAUCAAAUACGUUAGAUUCAUAGCAGCAGAAACUUGUGUAGGGUCCCUGGGGAUUGUUGUACUGCCCAGUUUUGCCCUUUGGGGAAAGUACUUGUUUUGGCCCACGUUGCCAAUAAUGUGAGUAUGC